AUGAUUACCUCUGGGAUGCCAAUUUACAAAGUCUUUGUUCCGCUAAUUUUGUGGAGUUCGUUUGUAUGGGCAUCUAAUACGGGACCAUUAGUUGGAUAUGAUGAAGAUUCCUUGUGGAGCAAGACGCCAUUCGAACCAAAUCUUGCUUUUUUCGCCGCCUUAUUUUAUGUGUGCUACUACCUACUGUUGGAACCUAUCGCUGGGUUAAUUUAUGCUCCUAUUAUCCUCGGAAUGGCAUAUAAUGCAACCGAGUUUAUGAAGACAUAUCCGGGUCAUAACUAUCUCGCUGGAAUCGUUCACGUUGGAAGUUGGAUCGUUCAGUUCAUUGGUCACGGAGUUUUUGAGAAGAGAAGUCCCGCUUUGAAGGAUAAUAUCGCUCAAGCACUGCUUCUCGCUCCCUUGUUUGUAUGGCUUGAAGUUCUGUUUGCCACUGGGUAUCGACCUGCCCUACAGAAACGUGUAGAAGCCAAGGUUAAUACUGCUAUUACCAAAUUUAAGGCAGGACAAAAGAAGGCAGGGCAAAAGAAGGCAGAUUGA